GGCCAGUACUUUGUAAUGGGCUGGGUCUCAAGGCCUGGAAUAAUAGAUUGCGCCUUGAAGCCGCCUCCUGCAACAUGCAUGUGCAUUGAGAAGGAAAAUAUAUUCUGCAGUAGUUGCCUUACAGCUGCUGACCUACAACUUAUACCUGGACAAGGAGAGGACUUGAACAAAAGAGUCUAUUAUUCUAAAGGAAGCAGGGUUGCUGACUGCAGAUUGGAAGUUCAGGAUCUGAUAAAUUUCUAGCAUGAGAAGUAAAAACCGGCUUGUGACCAUAGUGCCCAGUGAUGCUGCGUUCAAUACCAGAAGGGCAUAUACCAGUGAAGAUGAAGCUUGGAAAUCCUAUCUGGAGAAUCCCUUAACAGCGGCUACCAAGGCUAUGAUGAGCAUCAAUGGAGAUGAGGAUAGUGCUGCUGCCCUUGGAUUACUGUAUGAUUAUUAUAAGAUUCCCAAAGACAAGACAAGAUCGUUGUCUGUUAAUAAAGUGAGCGAUAAUCAAGAAGAUCAAGAUAAAAGAAACUGUCUUCCCACCAGCGAAACGCAGAGUAACCUCAGCAACAACGGCGAAAACAGAGUGCAAGUCUUGAAGACUGUCCCAGUAAACCUUUCCUUGAACCAGGAGCAGCUUGAGAUUUCAAAAAGGGAGCAGUUCAAUUCAAAUGUAUCUGGAAGCCCAACCUCCAUUUCUGUGACGGGAGUUAUGGUAGUGAAAGCUGAAGAGUACACUCCUAUUUAUAUGACUCCAUCCGUGCAUUAUGCCAGAGGAGAAAAUGAAGAACAUAGAGGUGUUAUAUUUGAACAUGCACAUUAUGAAGUGCCAAGCAUCACUGCCCAUUCGACUUAUGCAAAAGAUGAUCAGCGCAGCACUCCAGAUAGUACCUACAGUGAUACUUUUAAAGAUGGAGGGGCAGAGAAGUAUCGCAGUGGUUCUGUGGGGCCUGAGGAAUAUAUUUAUGAACAGACAGCCACCAGCACAUUUCGAUAUACUUUAGAAGCCACCAAAUCGCUACGUCAAAAGCAAGGAGAAGGCCCAAUGACCUACUUGAACAAAGGACAGUUUUAUGCCAUAACCUUGACCGAGACGGGAGACAACAAAUGUUUCAGACAUCCCAUCAGCAAAGUCAGGAGUGUGAUUAUGGUUGUGUUCAGUGAAGAUAAAAAUCGGGACGAACAGCUGAAGCACUGGAAGUACUGGCAUUCCCGGCAACACACAGCCAAACAGAGGGUCCUUGACAUUGCUGAUUACAAAGAGAGCUUCCAUACAAUUGGGAAUAUUGAAGAAAUCGCCUAUAAUGCUGUUUCCUUUACUUGGGAUGUCAAUGAAGAAGCAAAGAUUUUCAUCACAGUGAACUGCUUGAGCACAGACUUUUCUUCACAAAAAGGAGUUAAGGGUCUUCCUUUGAUGAUCCAGAUAGAUACAUACAGCUACAAUAAUCGCAGCAAUAAGCCCAUCCAUCGAGCUUUCUGCCAGAUCAAGGUUUUUUGUGACAAGGGAGCUGAGAGGAAGAUCCGAGAUGAAGAGAGGAAACAAAACAGAAAGAGAUCAAAAAACCCGUUAUCUCAGCCCCCGUGUAGUAAUGCUGAAGGAAAACUGACCGCUGUUGCCCUCCAAAAGAAGAGUGAUAUCACCUUCUUCAAAACAAUGACAGACCUGGAGUCUCAACCUGUUCUGUUCAUUCCAGAUGUUCAUUUUGGGAACCUCCAAAGAGCUGGGCAGGUUUACUAUAACACCGAUGAUGAGCGAGAAGGGAGUAUGUUGGCUAAACGGAUAUUCCGGCCAGUAGAAGACGACUUUGUUACGCCUCCAUUAAAGCAAAUAAAAGAAGAAGGAGCAAAAAGAGUGUUGUUGUAUGUGAGGAAAGAAGCUGAUGAAGUAUUUGAUGCUUUGAUGUUAAAGUCCCCCACUGUAAAGGGAUUAAUGGAAGCAAUUUCAGAGAAAUAUGGCCUUCCAGGCGAAAAGAUCACAAAGCUUUAUAAGAAGAGCAAAAAAGGAAUCCUGGUCAAUAUGGAUGAUAACAUCAUCGAACAUUAUUCCAAUGAAGACACUUUCAUCCUAAACAUAGAAAGCUUGGUGGAAGGUUUCAAGGUCACAUUGACAGAGAUCUAGUUAAAUUAUUCUGCAGCCCUGGAAGCCACCGCAUUUCUCCCUUAUAUCAAGGAAAGGAAUGUUUCACUUAGAUCCGGAAGACCUGCUGGGGCCAAGAAAAGAGGCUGUUACAAAACUCAACUGACCACAUCCUUCGCGUUUGGCAGAGGAAACAAACCUCUUAGUUACUGACAAGUGUGUUUAAGUCAAGAUCGACCAACAUUCCACGACAACGUUCCUUAUUUAUUGCUGCCCACUUUGCAGUAUGUAAAUAAUCUAUGGACCCCAGACUUCAUGAUCUCACUCACCGGAAGGAGGAAACAAUGACUUUAAAAAAAGGUUUAAUAUGCAAUACAAUGAGUUUGAGAAAUUGCAUCCAUUAAGUUGGAAUUUAUAGUAAAAUUGCACACUACCAAAUAAUUAGCUAGAAAAUCCGAUACUCUUUUUUUGUUCAGAGCUAUUGAUGCGGAAAGUGUCUGACUGUGUUCCCCUUUACUAAAUUCCCAUCAAGUCCUGAGAAAUGUAUACCUUAGCCAUGUGCCUCCAAGUGCUUCCAUGUACAUAGCAAAUAAUGACUGUAAGUAAGAUGGCAAGUUAUUUGUAACUAAAAUGCCAUCCAUUUCAACCUAUGUACAUAGUGUUUAUAAUAUGUAAUAAUAUAUUUUUCCUACAUGUGC